AAACCAGCUGAGCUCAGAAAGUAAACAGCGCUCCAGAGAGCAGCAUGCCUUCAGCGGCGCGGCUGCAGUGGCAGAGCCAGCGGCCAGGCGGCACGCUUCCUCCCAGCUCCCCGCUGUUCAUCAGCCUCCUCAUCCUCCUCCUGCCCUCAGGCACAGCCUGGCCAUACGACUACAGAUUCCUGUAUAACUACUGUCCUGGGCCGGAGUGGAAUGUGAUGUGUAGAGGAUGCUGUGAGUACGAUGUGAUCCGAUGUAAAUGCCCUCUUCAGGGGACACCAGUUGGCUAUGCUGUUCCCUGCUGCAGAAAUGCCCGCAACGAAUGUGACCCCUGCAUUAUCCAUCCAGGGUGCAGCAUAUUUGAAAACUGCAAGCGCUGCAACAACGGAACGUGGGGUCCCAGAGACGACUUCUUCAUUAAGGGCCAGUACUGUGCGGAGUGUCGCCCUGGGUGGUCUGGUGGAGACUGUAGGACAUGUGGUGGGGUGAUCAAGAAGAGGCAAGGUCAUCUGGUUUUGGAAAGUUACCCUACCAACGCCCGCUGUGAGUGGACCUUGCAGGUGGACCGGCCUUUCACUAUAGAGCUCAGGUUCAUGAUGCUAAGUCUGGAAUUUGACCACAGCUGUCGCUAUGACUUUGUAGAGGUUAGAGAUGGUGACAGUAUAAACUCUCGGGUAAUUGGCCGGUUCUGUGGAAAUGAUCGCCCACCUCCGAUUCAAAGCACCGGCAAUUCCCUGCAUAUACUGUUUGUCUCUGAUGGCUACAAGAACUUUGACGGGCUGUUUGCCAUCUUUCAGGAGAACUCAGCAUGUACCUCCUCCCCAUGUCUUCACGAUGGCACCUGUAUAUUAGACUCUUCUCAUUCCUAUCACUGUGCCUGCUUAGCUGGGUAUACGGGCAAGAGAUGUGAACAUGUGUUGGAAUGUAAGAGGCCUGCAGUGCCAGAACAUGGUUUUAUGGAGAGUCUGGAUGUCAGAGUGGGAGGCCAGGCUUUGUUUCGUUGUGAUCCAGGUUUCACCCUAAAGGGCUCCCGCAUGUCGACGUGCCUACUGGACGGCUCAUGGAGCAUGCAGACUCCUCAGUGUGAAAAGAACUGUGGCAUACCUCCUAAGCCAGCAUAUGGCGACCAUUUCCUGGUCUAUGGUCCCAAUGAUGUGCUCAUUGCUCUGCAGUACUUGUGCUAUAGGCCAUACACACUGAUUGGGACUCCUCAAAGAACCUGUGUGGCAAACAACACAUGGAGUGGAACGGCACCCAUCUGUGUCAAAGAGGAGGACAUCAUACCUGUAACGGAUACAGACAAAGACAUCAAAAAAGGAGAAGACAUUGGAAAAGAGAAACAAAUAGAUGUCAUUGAUAAGACUGAACAAGAGAAACAACAGACACCUGACAAAACUAGUAGUCUAGAGAUACCAACAAGUGAGAAGGACAAGAUAGGUCAGGAUGCUGAAACUGGUAAAGAGAAAGGACAAGAGGUGGGGAAAGACAUAGGAAAGGACCCAGGCAAAGAUGUUGGAAAAGAGAAACCCACUGUUGGAAGCAAGGACAAAUUGAGCAACAAAGAUUCUGACAGCAUGAACACAGUCAGAAAGAAGGACUCAGACAAUGGAAAACCUGGUCAGAAAUACCUAGGCAAAGAUGGAGAUGUGGAUGGGGUAGAAAAUGUAGUAAAAGACCCGACUAAAGAUCUGGAUAUGAAUAUUGUGGAUAUUGUGUUAAUUGAUGACAAUAAGGGACCAUUAAUUGAAGAGACCAUUAAAGAGACUAUGCCAAACAUACCAAAAGCCACUGAAAAGGAUAAAGAAGAAACAACAACUGAUGUACCACAGUACACAAUAGUCAGUCUGAAGAAAGAUGAGAAAGACAACGUGCUUUAUACAAUAGACACUUUAGGCCCGGAAAAUAACACUGAGCCUGUAGACAGCAAUGACAUUGAAGGAGGCCAGGAGACGCUGCUGCCAAAGGAAUCCCACAAGAUUCAGCCGACAGCCACUGAAGAUAAAAGCACAGAGAUAGCCAUUGUUCCAACCUUGAGUCCAGAGACUGGGGGACCAGUUGUCAUAGUCAAGCCUGAGGAAACGCAGCAAGGUGUGGAUCAUGAGAAGAAGACCACUGGACCAUCCUCAAAGACACAACCUAGUGAGGAAGCUGAGCCAGAUUCAAAAGCUGAAGCAGAGAGCCAAGAGACAGAGCAAGACACUGGAGCAGAGAACCUCAGCAUCAUUGAGGCUGAGGGGAGAAAGUGUCCUCCACCACCACGGUUGUACCAUGGCUCUUAUGACUAUGUGGCUGGUCUAGAUCCAGAGACUGUGGAGUUUUCCUGCAAUCACUCAUACGCCCUGAGUGGCAACACCCGCAGGACAUGCCAGCCUAACGGCACCUGGAAUGGAACACAGCCAUUCUGUGUGAGGGCAUGCCGGGAGCCCAAGGUCUCAGUGCUGGUGAGGCAGAAGGUUCUGUCCCCACAAGUCCCAUUCAGGAAAACUCCAGUCCAUAAGUUUUAUUCCUCAACCGGCUUGACGAAGUUCUCCAGCCCUGUGAGUCCCACAAAAGGGCCCCGAACUCUAGCUCCACUCCCCCAGGGUUUCCAUCACCUGUAUACACAUAUCGAAUACGAGUGUACAUCUCCAUAUUACCACCACACUGGAAGUACCCGCAGAACCUGCCUCAAGACCGGAAAGUGGAGCGGUCGUCAUGUCUCCUGUUCACCAGUGUGUGGCAAGUUGCCAAACUUUGACCCACAGCAUCCGGUGGACUCUCACUGGCCAUGGCUGGCUGCCAUCUAUCGCCUGUCUGGGCAGAAUGGAGGGGGGAAGCUGGGAAAGGCUGCUACCAUGGCCGAAAAACUGGGGAAAAGCUCAGCACUGCUGGAUGAUGUAGGAGACAUGGCUGCAGGGAACUGGCAGCUGGUAUGUAGUGGAGCGCUGAUAAACCAGCGCAGUGUGGUGGUGGCUGCCCAUUGUGUGACCGAGCUGGGGAAACUCUACGCAUUAGACGUUGCCAAGGUCCGCGUGGUGCUGGGAAAGCAGUACCGCAGUGACCUGCGAGAGACCAAGGGCCUUCAGCGACUCAGGAUAUCCUCCAUCACCGUGCACCCCAACUAUGACCCCCUGGUACUGGACUCCGACCUAGCAGUACUGAAGCUGCUGGACAAAGCUCGUAUCGGGGAUUUUGUGCUACCCAUCUGCCUUCCGAAUGCCCAGGAUGCUGCGGACGACUCUCUUCCCAUGUGGGGCAUGGUGACGGGCUGGUCCCUGAUCCCUGACCCCAGGGCUGGCGAGAGCGAGCGGGCCCGUGUUGGCACAGUCACGCUGGGUGACGUGGUUCACUGUGAACAGCAGUAUGAACAUUACGGUGUUCCGAUCAGUGUGUCAGAGAACAUGCUUUGUGGACGCCAGGGUCCCGGUGCCAGUCCUUCCAACAUCUGCCCAGCUGAGACAGGUGGAGUCCUUAUCCUCCCACCCACUUCCUCCCAUGACCCGGCCUCCACACUCUUACCAAAUCCCACACAGGAGUGGAAGCUUCUGGGAUUGGUCAGUUUCGGGUAUGACUCACUAGACUGCAACCCAGAACUUUAUACUGUAUACACGCACAUUGCUAACUUCAUCGACUUUUUAGAGGGGAACAUGAAAUAGUAAGAUGUUUGUGCAUUCUGGUUCCUCUUUCACUCCCAACCCAGGCCAUACCUCACUUAUCCUUUUUGCCCUCAUAAUCCUUUUAUAUGUAGCUUACAGGCUGAACUAACACUGGACUAUGCAAUGCGCUGCCAUGAGAAGACAGCAUUAGUUAGAAAGGGCAUGAAAACCCUAAUCCAGGUAGAACAUACUCUGUGCUGUACUAGGACCAGCUUCUCCCAACUAUAUAUUUGGCUUCUAUAUGUAAUAAAGAGACCACAAAACUGAUCUUAGAAUAGCAUCAAAGGGAAACUUCUACCAACAUUGACCCUUCUCUUUAACAAUGUGUGGGUCCUCAGGUAAUCGGUGCUGUAGAAUUGACCAGGAAGCCAAAUGUCCUGUGAUGUCUGAUGUCAGUGAUAUUUGGUCUUCUGAAUGUUUGUAAUGUACAUAUAUUGUAAUGUAUUAUUCUACAAUUGUAAACAUGACUGAAAGGAUGUAUAUAUUGUAUAAAAUUACUGUGAGCUUCUAUUAAAUAAACCAAAGUCGUGGUUGUGUUCUAAA